CAUAUUGUAAAGUCUUCUGGACUCAACAAGAUCUCCCAGCCAUCAUGAACACUUUGACUGUUGUGACUUUCGCCUGCUUGGCAGUAUUUGCCAGUGCCAAACCUUCCGGUUGGGGCCAUGGAGGAGCGUGGGGUGGUUACGGCCAUGGAGGUAUUAACCACAACUACCAUGGAUCUGUUGGACCAAGCGGAGUGGUAACUGGUGCAGGAGCCAGCGGACCAGCUGGAUCUGUCGAUGGACACGCAGCCGUAGGACCAGCUGGAAUUGUCACCGGACACGGAGCUGUUGGACCAACCGGACCCAACGGAGCCGGAGCAUGGGGUGGCGCCUGGGACGGUGCUUGGGACGGUGCCGGCGCCGGACAUGGUGGUUGGGAUGAUGGAGCUUGGGAUGAUGGUGCGUGGGGAGCUCACUCCAACGUUGUCCAUGGUAACGGAGCUACCCUCGUCGGACCCGGAGUUGGUCACGCUGUCGUAGCUGGACCAGUUGCUCAUGGAUACGGUUUGGGACAUGGAUGGGCUGGUGCCGGUUUGGGAUUAGGUCUCCAUGGUCAUGGUCAUUGGUAAAUGAUGUAGUCCCAAACGAUUUAAGUCAAGUCUGCCUGCUCUCAAAUGUAAACCAACCAUAUUUCUUUAACUACCCAUAAACCGUUUCCCAGUUUAUUUAUGCCAUCAACCUUUUCUUUCUUUUCUUACAAUAUGGUUUGUUUAUGUUUAUUAUUGAUCAAAAAAAAAACUUCCAAGUCUUCUUACACCUAUAGACUAUAUCUGCCUCGUACUUAUGACAAUUCUACCUUUUUUCUCUUUUUGUAAAUA